CUGCGCAGAGAGAGGGAGCCUGACUGCGCAUGCUCAGCAGCAAGAUGGUGGCCACCAGGAGAGGAGCACGCGCGGUGUCUCCGGAGAGAAAAGCGGAGGAAGCGGCUCCGGAGCCCACGCCUACGACCAGAAGAACCAGAAGCAGGACAGUGAUCGUAACGAACCAGACCCAGAGCGAACACACCAGUGACUCCCAGCAGGAUGAUUCAGAGGUACAAAACCCCACUCCCGCUAAACCAGCGCCAUCGACCGCAACUAAAAGAGAUACGAGAAGAUCCAAGCGUCAACCAGCAGCAGCAAACCAACCGGACUCCACCCACGAAGCAGAUGUUUCAGAUUCCGAAUCCUGCUGUUCGGUGGCUUCAGAUGUUCUGGUGCAGUCGACCACCAGGGGCAGAAGAAAAGCGGCAGCAGCAGCAGGAAAAGCGAGAACUACAGUUACGACUACAGAACCGGAAGCGUCUGAAGGUGAGUCUUGUACUUCGGCGACUUCCAGCAAGCCGCGGAGAUCCGUCAGGAGCCAGAAGAAAUCUGCAGUUCCAGGAGAAUCAGCCGUGUCCGCUGCCUCAAAGGACAGUGACCAUUCCGAUGCAGAGUCCUGCAGCUCUGUCGCAUCUUUGUCUAAAGUUCGGGAAGCUCGGAUGACCACCAGGAGCCGGAGGAAGACCAGAGGUGCUGCUGAAGAUGCUGAUCCUUCCGAGGCCGAUUCGUGUUCUUCUUCUGCAGUUGGAAGUCCUCAAGGGUCCACCGUCCGCAGGACGACGCGUAGCCGUCGAACGAAGCCCACUGAGGCGAUCCCAAUACAUUUGGAGGAGAGUGAACCUAAUGAUGCUUCAUCUGCUGCAUCUGGACCCAAUCGAUCAACAAGAACUAAGACAAGAGGACGAAGAGGAGACAAAUCCAAUGAGCUGGCCUAUGAAUCUGAUGGAUGCCAGUCUGGUCCUAGUCUAAGUCCCAGAGGAAAAGUUGGCAUUUUUGUACUUGAUUCUGAUUCAGAAUCGCUAUCAACCACCAGCGCUUUACUCGAUAGUCCUCGUUCUCUUCGGGUCCGCCUCACUCCCUGCAGCAGCAGAACUGGUUCAGCCAGCAGUAACCGUGCUGCACCUGCUUCCAGGACUAGGAGCAGCGUCCGAGUCGUUCACGAUGUGUCUAAUACGACUUCCAAAGCCUCCAAGGAAGAAAAAAUGCAAGAGGAAAGCAUGGAGAUCAGUAAGGACAUCUCCAAAGAGACCCCAAUGGAUACGACAAGCCUCCAAGAUAAGGAAGAGGAGGAACCGGGCGUUGAGGCGAUGGAGGAGGAGGAGGAGGAGGAGGAGGAAGAUCAGGAAGACGAGGUAGAGGAGACCAAUAGGACAGUCAUUAGAGCAGAUGGACUGGAUCGUUCCAUUUCAGACGGCGUUACCGGCGAUCUUACUCUGACUCUUGACGAUGAUGAGGAAUUGACGGAUGCUAAGAGCCGCCCAGUUCGAGGCGUAACCGUAUCUGAAGCUGAUGCUGAAGAUCUUGAGAUUGUAGAGAAGAAUGAUGGUACUCAGGAAGAAUCUGAGAUGUCAAAGAUGGAUGUAGACAUUAAAAAUAUGGAAAAAUCUGUGCAAGAGGUUCAAAGCAUCGAUGAGACAGAAGAAGCGAAGCCUGAAAAGGGGGUGACUGUGACGGAAGAGCCUCAACGAAACCUGGUAGAUCCAGUUGAUCCAGUAGAAUCCUCCAAAUCUUCAGAAAAGAGUGUCAAAGUGGUUGAAGAAUCGGAAGAAAAAAGCUUUGUGGUGGAAGCGGAGGAUGAGAAAGAAGAGGAGGAAAAAGAAGACAAUUGCAGGAUAUUAGACAAGAUAGAAGAAUCUGGUCAAUCAGAGCAGGUUGAGAAGGGCGUAACAAUCAUUAGUGAAGAAGAUAAAGAAGCUUCUGAAGUAUCAGAAGUUGUAGAUGUACCUAAAACGAGUAUAUCAGUGACCUACGAUACCUCAGCAGAUAAGGAGGUUGAGAAAGAUGAAGAAAAAGAUGAUGAAGACGAGGAUGAGAACAAGGAGGAACCAGAACCAUCAUCAAGCUCUCAAAGCUUGGUGCAGAAGAUGAUGAGCACUGAGCAGACCAAACCCAAAAAAGGAGUGGUGAGUUUGCUCGACAGCAGUGAUGAUGAUGAGGAAGAGAACAGUGAUGAAGAUGAUGAUGGACUCUCAGAUGAAGGUAUUAAAGACGACACUGGGAAAGAUCAUAAUAAUGAUGAAGAGGAGGAUGAUGAAGCCAUGUGUGUGGAUGAGAGCCAACCAGGACCAUCAAGAGAGUCAGAUUCAGUUAAUAAUAAUAAUAUUAAUAAUAAUAAUGGGCUGUUUGUUAUUGAUGCUCGUCCCGGGUUUCUGCCCACUGAGAAAUAUUAUAUCGAUAGCGCCCGUGAUGAAGAGGACGAGCAGGUUAAAGAAUCUAAAGCUGCUGAAGAUGAAGAUGACUUUGUUGAUGAGGAGGGAGAUGAUGAUGACGACGAUGAAGACUCCAAUGUGCUCUUCACCACUCGGAGACCCGCACUGACGGCGUUAUCCAGUGCGAUUGAUCCGGGUCUGAAGGUAAAGGAUCUCGGCGGAUUGUAUAUCAGUUUUGAUGGCAGCAAAUCAAAGUCUGUCUCCAACAACCUGAAAAAACUCAAGGAGCAGAAGAUUCAGGAUGAGCUGCUGAAGAAGAGUGUGAUUGGUCCUGACUUUGAGAAGAAAUCGGCCGUGCCUCCGUACAAAGAAUCCAAACAUGCUGCUAAACUGAAGCGCAAGGAGGAAAAGGAUAAAACUACAGGAGACGGCUGGUUCAACAUGAAAGCUCCUGAAUUAACGGAGGAACUGAAGAACGACCUGAAAGCUCUGAAGAUGCGUUCAGUUAUGGAUCCAAAGCGCUUUUACAAGAAGAACGACAGAGAAGGAUUCCCCAAAUACUUCCAGGUUGGCACUGUAGUGGAUAACCCAGCAGACUUCUAUCAUUCCCGAAUCCCCCAAAAAGAGAGGAAGAGGACCAUCGUAGAGGAAUUGCUUGCUGAUGCAGAGUUCAGAAGCUUUAACAAGAGGAAAUACCAGGAAAUCAUGUCAGAGAGAGCAGCAGAGGCAGCCGGCAAGAUGCAUAAAAAGAAGCAUAAAUUUACUAAAAAGAAAUAAUUCUGGGAGGAUGAUGGAGCAUGAUGCCAGAUUUCAUAUUUUGCAAAAGCUCAUAUUCAUUGAUCAAAAUCAUUGGAUCUCUAUUAAAUAACACAUAAAACCA